AUGAAGAAGGGAUCGGUAGUGAUGCCGGUUCAGAAUGAAACAGCAAGCUCUCCGGUGAUUUCGAGUACUUUCAGAAUUUCUCCGGUGACAAGAACUGCAGUGACUCAGCCAAAAAAGAGUUCACAGCAGAAGGAGCAAGAUAAUGACGAAGGUGAAGUAAGCUCAGAGACUAAGGGGAAUGAAAACUCAGUUAGUGAAAUAGAGCAGCAAUGGACAAAGGUAACUAAAGGAGGGAAAAGCUCUCCUCAAAAUUACCCAGCAACAGACAAGUACAUCGAUUGA